AGAUAAUUGAAGGGUAAUUUGGUAAUUUAGAGAGUUCCUCGGACUGACACUUUUCCGACAAUAAUGGCGGAAAGAGAGAAGGUUUAAAAGAUUUGUUAACAAUGAUUAAAAUGCCAGCUUUGAGCGGGGGGAUUAGAUUUUCCUUCAUUCUUCCCCAACUGCCUCUUCCUCCGUCUUCCUAGGGAAGAAGAAGAAGAGGAUAAGAGAAGAGAAUGGGGGUUAUAUCCAGACGGGUUUUGCCCGCCUGUGGUAACCUCUGUUUCUUCUGUCCUUCCUUGCGUCCCAGGUCUCGUCAUCCCCUUAAACGUUACAAGCACAUGCUCGCUGAAAUCUUCCCUCGUAACCAGGAUGCUGAACCAGAUGAUAGAAAAAUUGGCAAGCUUUGUGAGUAUGCGUCAAGGAAUCCCUUACGAAUCCCAAAGAUUACAGAGUACCUUGAGCAAAAAUGUUACAAAGAGCUGCGGAAUGGGAAUAUCGGAUCAGUCAAAGUCGUCUUGUGCAUUUACAAGAAAAUGCUUUCCUCAUGUAAGGAGCAGAUGCCUCUAUUUUCGUGUAGUUUGCUAAGCAUUGUCCGAACUCUUUUGGAGCAAACAAAAGAGGAAGAAGUCCAGAUAUUGGGUUGCAAUACCCUCGUUGACUUUAUUAGCUUACAGACUGAGAAUUCGCACAUGUUCAACUUAGAAGGCCUAAUCCCUAAACUCUGUCAACUUGCUCAAGAGAUGGGGGAUGAUGAAAGAUCACUCCGGUUACGGCCAGCAGGAAUGCAGGCUUUGGCAUUCAUGGUGUCUUUCAUCGGUGAGCAUUCACAACUAUCAAUGGACUUGGAUUUGAUUAUGUGUGUGAUUCUGGAGAAUUAUAUGGAUUUGGAGACCAACGAGGCUGGUGAAAAUUCAAUUUCCAAAAUGAGUAAAUGGGUUUCUUUCAAACGUAAUAAUCCUGUGACUGAGGAAAACAUGGAUAAUUCGAAGAGCCCCUCAUACUGGUCUAUGGCCUGCCUUUGCAAUAUAGCCAAACUAGCAAAGGAAACCACAACUCUUCGCCGUGUUCUUGAACCGCUUUUGAAUGCUUUUGACUGUGGAAGUUACUGGUCUCCAGAGAAGGGCGUCGCCUCUUCUCUUUUAUUGUUUCUCCAGUCUCGUCUCGAAGAAUCAGGAGAAAAUUGUCAUGUGUUGGUAUCUUCUUUGAUCAAGCACUUGGAUCAUAAGAAUGUGAUGAAGCAACAGGGUGUUCAAGUCAACAUGGUUAACGUAGCCACAUGCCUUGUGCAACACGCUAAGCAGCAGGCUUCAGGCGCCAUGACUGCUGUAAUAGCUGACUUGAUUAAGCACUUGCGGAAAUGCCUGCAAAACGCAGCUGAAUCUGAUCUGUCUGCUGAUGGAACGAAGCAGAACUCUGAGCUGCAGCGUGCAUUAGAAAAUUGCAUCGCAGAGCUCUCAAAUAAGGUUGGGGAUGCAGGGCCCAUUCUUGAUAUGUUGGCAGUGGUUCUUGAGACGAUAUCAACUAAUGUACUCGUUGCUAGGACCACAGCAUCAGCCACUCUCCGUGCUGCACAUAUAGUAUCAGUUGUCCCAAAUGUAUCUUACCACAAGAAAGUGUUUCCGGAUGCCUUGUUUCACCAACUGCUCCUUGCGAUGUCCCACGCAGACUCUGAAACUAGAGUUGAGGCGCAUAAUAUAUUCUCCGUCCUGCUUCUUCGUACUCUUCGCUUGCCUUGGUCAGACAAUUAUGAUGAAGCCUCUGAUGGCUGUCAGUCGUUGGAGAGUUUAAAGGAUGUCGAUGAUGGUAUAAAGUCGCUAUGUUCACUUCGACUGAGUAGUCACCAAGUGAAUAUGCUACUUUCAUCCCUAUGGAUCCAAGCAACUUCUACCGAGAAUACCCCUGAAAAUUUAGUGGCCAUGGCCAGCACGUUUAGUAUCACUCUUUUGUUUUCAGUAGCAAAGAGAUCAAAUCACAUGGCUCUGGUGCGGUGUUUUCAGCUGGCGUUCUCUCUUAGAAAUCUCUCAUUGAAUCAAGAUGGAGGUACGCAGCUCUCUCGUAGAAGAUCCAUCUUCACGUUUGCAUCAUAUUUGCUCAUUUUUAGUGCCAAGAUCUCCAAUAUUCCGGAGCUAAUUCCACUUGUCAAAGAAGCUUUAACUGUCCAAAUGGUUGAUCCUUCUCUUGUUCUGGAAGGAGAUAUCAGACUGCGUGCUGCAUGUUCUGGAUCUCCACAGGAAGAUGAUAGUGCUGCUCUCAACUCGUCAGCGGUUCGCUCAAAUGAUAGUUUCCUGAAGGAAAUCGUUAUCACUCAUUUCACAUCGAAGUUUCAGACAUUAUCCGAGGAGGAGGAAUCAAAUUUGAGAAAGGAAAUUGAGUCAGAUUUUUCGAGAGAUGAGGAUGCACACCCGCUUGGUGCACCAAUGUUCAUGGACACACCAGGAUCUAGUAGUUCCCCUCUUAAUGAAACAGAAGUUCCAGCUUUUGAUGAGGUUGAGCUUUCAGCAAUAGUGGCAUUUGAAGGAGCUUCUCCGGGGGCUAGUGGGAGUGAGCCUGGCCACAAUAAAUCCUUGUCCACAAACACUAACCCAGCAGAUGUUCUGAGUGUCAACGAGUUGCUUGAAUCGGUAUCAGAAACUGCUAGGCAAGUUGCAAGCCUCCCUGUUUCCUCCAUCCCUGUACCUUAUGACCAAAUGAUGAAUCAGUGUGAAGCUCUUGUGAUGGGUAAGCAUCAAAAGAUGUCCGUGCUUCGAAGUUUCAAACCUGAGGCAACCAAAGCUGUAACUCUCUCAGAAGAGGAUGAACUCUUUCUUCUAGAUGAGACAGAAGAAGCUGAUGAAGAUGAUCACAAGGCACUGACUGUGGCACAAGUCCAACCUCAAGGCCAGCUCGCAUUCUGCUCGCUCGAAGUGGAACAAAACUCGUUUCGGUUACCUUCUUCAAGCCCUUACGAUGAGUUCUUGAAAGCAGCCGGAUGUUAAAGCCGGUACAUUCUUGAAAAUCUUGCUUGUGUAACUUAUUUAUAGACACACGGCAUAGUGUAUACAUAUAUAUAUUAUCACGUGUAAUCUUGUGCUUCAUCUAAUCUUAAUAUAUUAAAGUGAGUUAGGACUCACAGAGAGAUGACACAUCAA